AUGGAGCCUGUGACCGAACCACUGCUGCUCAUGUUGCUACUUCUGAGGUUAGACCACUACACUACCUCCACUGCUGCUGCCGCCAAGGUGAGUCCCACAUUUACCGCACACACGUGAGUGCAUUCGCCAUUCGGACACACCGUCACACUCUCAUUGGUAUCUAGAACUAUGGAAGCACUGCCACGAGUGGUCAGGGAGCAGUGGGCAUUGGACACACAAUACAAAUCCAAUCAAAAUGUAUUGGUCACAUACACAUAUUUAGCAGAUGUUAUUGUGGGUGUAGUGAAAUGCUUGUGAUCCUAGCUCCAACAGUGCAGUAGUAUCUAACAAUUCAGCAGUAGUAUCUAACAAUUCAGCAGUAGUAUCUAACAAUUCAGCUUGACUUGUUUGGCCUUGUUUUGUUGCUGACUGUUUUGGAAAUGUUAAAGUGUUGUUGUGUGGUUUGGGGAUUUUGGAUGGUAUAUUGUAUUAUGACUUUGUGCUGUGUUUCAGGGGUUGGCUCUAUGUGGUUUUGAAACAUAACUAGCAUGUUUUGUGCGUGUCAUGUCUGAGCUUUGUGGUUUCUCUGAGUAGCGCCCGGGUACUGUUGCAUGCUGGGUAGAUGAGAUCAGAUGAUGCCGGUCCCAGCAGAAGUAAUUAAACAAAAUCUUCCUGUUUACCCAACGUCUGUGCAACUCUGGUCAAAGUAAACAAAUACUCUAAAAUAAGCUUUGAUGAUGCCAACACACUGUGUGUACCCAGGAGUACACUACUGCCAAAGACCAAGCUAUUCAUCAUGCACAAACACAGUUUUCUCUGUAGGGGGCUUGGGUGUUGGGUUAUAUGGUGGUGGUUUAUUCCAUAGUUAUGUUAUUUUAGUAUGAUGAAAGGCAGGCAGGAAAUAAUAGUCUGACCUCUCUCAACUGUUUUAAGAACUGUGGAAAAUUCCAUUGAUAUGAGUGGAUAAGAGGAUCGGUGAGGGCUCUGUAGGGCAUUGGCUUCAACAUUCAGUUAUGAACAUGGGGAUGCGGCCCUGGUACAUUCAUCAGGUAACUCAGGAACCGUUAUGUGAGUUUAUGACUUAUAACACAGAGUGGGAAGUUAACUGAGAUAAGAAAAGUGUUUCAGUACACUGUUGUGUGUGGUUAUUUGUGUGUUCCUCAGUCCACAACGACACACAGCACGAGGUCUGUGUGGGUGUGUCUUACAAUAACCGCUCUUCUCCCUCCACCACAGCAGAACCGGUGUGACAGGACAACCCUGGUGAUGACCAAGACAGAGUGCCACUCCUGUAGCAUCAGUUUCAACGUGGGCUGUCCAGCAGGCUACAACAAGAAGAUCCCCGGGAAGGGCAACCCGGACUGCAAGUGAGUGGGCAAGGGGGUAAGGGAGGGGGAGAUGAAGAAGAGGAAAGGAGGGUGGAAGAGGGAUAGGAGAGAGGUGAAGUGGAAUAUGGGGGGAGAAGGGGACAGAAGAGGGAAGGGAGUGAAGGAGAAAUGGAAUAGACAAAGGAGACAUCUAAGUCAUAUCUCAUGUCUCUGCUUGACAUAAGACAAAACCAGAUGUUGUACAGAGCAUUGUGACUACUGUAGUACUAUAUCCUACACCAGGUAUCUCCCAGUAAUAUGUAAUCUCUCUCUCUGUAGGUACCGUGUGAGUCCCAUGGCCAGUCUGGUGCUGUCCAUCAAGGGCUGUUCUCAUGAGUGUUACAAGCAGGUAGAUGAGCCCCGGUGCUGUCCAGGGUACUGGGGACCAGACUGCAUCGGUGAGUAAAACAUUACAUUUACAUUUACAUUUACGUCAUUUAGCAGACGCUCUUAUCCAGAGCGACUUACAAAUUGGUGCAUUCACCUUAUAGCCAGUGGGACAACCACUUUACAAAUUGUGAGUAGUGUUGAGUAGUGUUGGAGGAGAGCGAGAGAGAAAAGGAUACAAAGUAGUGGUCGGAGACAUGGAGGGGAGUUGCAGUGAGAUUAGUAGAAGAACAGCAUCUAGUAAAGAUGAGGUCAAGCGUAUUGCCUGCCUUGUGAGUAGGGGGGAUGGUGAGAGGGUGAGGUCAAAAGAGGAGAGGAGUGGAAAGAAGGAGGCAGAGAGAAAUGAGUCAAAGGUAGACGUAGGGAGGUUGAAAUCCCCCAGAACUGUGAGGGGUGAGCCAUCCUCAGGAAAGGAACUUAUCAAGGCGUCAAGCUCAUUGAUGAACUCUCCAAGGGAACCUGGAGGGCGAUAGAUGACAAGGAUAUUAAGCUUACAUGGGCUAGUGACUGUGACAGCAUGGAAUUCAAAUGAGGAGAUAGACAGAUGGGUCAGGGGAAAAAUAGAGAAUGUCCAUUUGGGAGAGAUGAGGAUUCCUGUGCCACCACCCCGCUGACCAGAUGCUCUCGGAGUAUGCGAGAACACAUGGUCAGACGAGCAGAGAGCAGUAGGAGUAGCAGUGUUUUCAGUGGUAAUCCAUGUUUCCGUCAGUGCCAAGAAGUUGAGGGACUGGAGGGUAGCAUAGGCUGAGAUUAACUCUGCCUUGUUGGCAGCAGAACGGCAGUUCCAGAGGCUGCCUGAGACCUGGAACUCCACGUGGGUGGUGCGUGCAGGGACCACCAGGUUAGAGAGGCAGCAGCCACGCGGUGUGAGGCGUUUGUAUAGCCUGUGCGGAGAGGAGAGAACAGGGAUAGGCAGAGGCAUAGUUGACAGGCUGCAGAAAAUGGCUACAAUAAUGCAAAGGAGAUCGGAAUGAAAUGAACUAAACAUCUGGGAAAGGAGAGAGCGGGGCCUCCCUCGCCACAACACCCAAAUAUAACUCUCCCAACGUCCACCUCAGAAACUAUAAUUGUUGUAAACUACAGCGGUUCAAUGUUUUCUAGGAAUAUACUAACUUAGUUUAUUCAGCUAGCUAACUAGGUACAGUAUUCUUCCGUGAAAAUCGUCCAGGGCACCUAGUCAUAAGACGCCACAGCCAGCUAGCAUGCCGGACUCCAACAACACGGUUUAGCACCAAUACUCGGCCACAACAAACCACCAGUGUGUCAACACGCCAAGCAGAUCGUUCGUGUCCGUGUCUAACGUUGUGUGUUAGUCCCGACAGCUUGAGCGAGUCCGUCGUCAACUUAUUCAGCCAGUUAGUUAGCUAGAAUAGUUAGCAUACUAGCUAGCCAUUGCUUUCAGACAAAGAAGAAACCCCUCCUUUCACAGCACGAACACACAGAGAGAGCAAAACUAACGUUAACUAGUCACCCAUGUCCCGAAUUCCUUGAACGACUCUAGCUACCAAUAUGUAAAAAUAAAACACAAAUGUAGGUUAUGACUUACCCCUAGCAGCUACUGUUAGCUAGCCAAGUGCAAAGCUAGCCACUGAAUUGACUCAGCCAGUUCGAGCAUCACAAUGCAUCACAAUGCAUCCAAUACUGUAAUCACUCACUGCUGCUCAUCAAUGAGUCACCAAGCCGCAUUGAUGAGGAAAGCAACACAAGAUGAAAAGGCAAACCAUUUUGGGGGUGGUAACAUCAUUUCUGAAAUCCCUAUUUAACCACAGAUGCUCCCUUUUCAAAGGCUUGCUUUGAAACAUUGAGUUGAAACUGUUCAGAGGGUUCUCGUAUUGCUCAUGUUUUGGUGGUUCUGUGGGGACUCUGAGGGAAUGUUUUGAUAGAAAGAGUUCAGACAUGUACUUGACUGCUACAGCCACUAAAUCCCAGUGCUGAGUGCUGUGUGACAAAAAAACAGAAGGAAAGUGCUCGCAUCCCUCCUAAGAGAGGAAGAGUGGAAAGAAAGUGCCCUGUUUCUGAAAGAAAUAGCUACAGGGGAACAAAUGCACAGAACACAAAGCCGUCCAAAGUAGGAAAGUGUGUCAGAAGUGUCCUGUGCGCACAGGCAGGCCAGGACGACGCACAUUGUGAGCCAAGUGUCUGUACUGGGUGCAGGAUGCAGGUUAGGCCUUUCGGAGCAGGGGACUCGCACACUUCCUUCCUCCCAAUUAGGGCUCAUCGUCAGCGGGCCCCUGUCUUCCAGGAAUGUGCUGACACCCGGAGAGCACUGAGUCCAGGCUUCCUCUCUCUAUCUCUUUCGUUCCUGUCAUAGACCCCUCUUAUCCCCCUCCCUCUCCCAGCUCUUCUCCUCUCUCUCUCCCUCUCCUCCUCCUCAUCUCCUCUCCUCCUCCUCGCCUCUCUCUCCGCUCUCCUCUGCUCGUCUUCCUCUCUCAUCCGUCUCGUCUCUCUCUCCUCUCUCCACUCUCUCCUCCUCAAUCUCUGUCUUCUCUCUCUCAGUCUCCUCUCUCUCUCUCUCUCUCUCUCUCUCUCUCUCUCUCUCCCUGUAUGUCGACUGAAUUACUCUCAUCACUUGUUGUGCAACAAUGUUACCUUUUAGGUACAACAUACCCACAUUAGAAGGUUAUCAUUCAUUAAAGUAAACAUUGGGGAAACAUUGAAUGAUAUUAUUACAAUUGAGUGACAUCUGCUCAGAAAUGGUGAGUGAGUGAGAAUCUGCUGACGAAAACAACUGCCUUCCUAGAGUCUGCUGAUUGUAAGGAGACCCUUGGCAACACCCUGUGAAUGCUUGUGUGUACAUUGUGUGUGUAUCUUGAGGGAAGGAAGGCGAUGAGUGAUGUUGGGUCAUACUGAUAAGAGAGGCACACAGGAGAGAGUAAAAAGGAAAGAGAAGGAGAGAGAAUGAGGAGAGGAGUAGAGGAAGUGGAGAUGGGGUGAAGAGGUGAUGGGGUCUUUAAGUGAAGUGUAACACGUCUGCUUACUCAGAUCCCUGGAGACACAGCUGUCAUAGCAUUACAUCCAGGCUAUUGUCAAGUCACGUGCUCUCCUGGACAUUGGAACAAUACAUUACUGAAGCCCAUUCGGUUUCCAAUCACUGUUUCAUUGAGAUUGGUUGUCCAUCUUUCUGUUGAUAUGAGACUGAUGUGAAUGGUACUGUCUUCCUGUCACAGAGUGCCCAGAGGACGCAUUGAGACCCUGUAGUAAUAAUGGAGUGUGUUCUGAAGGCAUGGGUGGCAACGGGACCUGCAGCUGUAAGGUACUGGAUGAUGAUGCAGAGACACACACAUACAGUGGGGAAAAAAAGUAUUUAGUCAGCCACCAAUUGUGCAAGUUCUCCCACUUAAAAAGAUGAGAGAGGCCUGUAAUUUUCAUCAUAGGUACACAUCAACUAUGACAGACAAAUUGAGGAAAAAAAUCCAGAAAAUCACAUUGUAGGAUGUUUUAUGAAUUUAUUUGCAAAUUGUGGUGGAAAAUAAGUAUUUGGUCACCUACAAACAAGCAAGAGUUCUGGCUCUCACAGACCUGUAACUUCUUCUUUAAGAGGCUCCUCUGUCCUCCACUCGUUACCUGUAUUAAUGGCACCUGUUUGAACUUGUUAUCAGUAUAAAAGACACCUGUCCACAACCUCAAACAGUCACACUCCAAACUCCACUAUGGCCAAGACCAAAGAGCUGUCAAAGGACACCAGAAACAAAAUUGUAGACCUGCACCAGGCUGGGAAGACUGAAUCUGCAAUAGGUAAGCAGCUUGGUUUGAAGAAAUCAACUGUGGGAGCAAUUAUUAGGAAAUGGAAGACAUACAAGACCACUGAUAAUCUCCCUCGAUCUGGGGCUCCACGCAAGAUCUCACCCCGUGGGGUCAAAAUGAUCACAAGAACGGUGAGCAAAAAUCCCAGAACCACACGGGGGGACCUAGUGAAUGACCUGCAGAGAGCUGGGACCAAAGUAACAAAGCCUACCAUCAGUAACACACUACGCCGCCAGGGACUCAAAUCCUGCAGUGCCAGACGUGUCCCCCUGCUUAAGCCAGUACGUGUCCAGGCCCGUCUGAAGUUUGCUAGAGUGCAUUUGGAUGAUCCAGAGGAGGAUUGGGAGAUUGUCAUAUGGUCAGAUGAAACCAAAAUAUAACUUUUUGGUAAAAACUCAACUGGAGGACAAAGAAUGCUGAGUUGCAUCCAAAGAACACCAUACCUACUGUGAAGCAUGGGGGUGGAAACAUCAUGCUUUGGGGCUGUUUUUCUGCAAAGGGACCAGGACGACUGAUCCGUGUAAAGGAAAGAAUGAAUGGGGCCAUGUAUUGUGAGAUUUUGAGUGAAAACCUCCUUCCAUCAGCAAGGGCAUUGAAGAUGAAACGUGGCUGGGUCUUUCAGCAUGACAAUGAUCCCAAACACACCGCCCGGGCAACAAAGGAGUGGCUUCGUAAGAAGCAUUUCAAGGUCCUGGAGUGGCCUAGCCAGUCUCCAGAUCUCAACCCCAUAGAAAAUCUUUGGAGGGAGUUGAAAGUCCGUGUUGCCCAGCGACAGCCCCAAAACAUCACUGCUCUAGAGGAGAUCUGCAUGGAGGAAUGGGCCAAAAUACCAGCAACAGUGUGUGAAAACCUUGUGAAGACUUACAGAAAACGUUUGACCUGUGUCAUUGCCAACAAAGGGUAUAUAACAAAGUAUUGAGAAACUUUAGUUAUUGACCAAAUACUUAUUUUCCACCAUUAUUUGCAAAUAAAUUCAUUAAAAAUCCUACAAUGUGAUUUUCUGGAUUUUUUUUCCUCAUUUUGUCUGUCAUAGUUGACGUGUACCUAUGAUGAAAAUUACAGGCCUCUCUCAUCUUUUUAAGUGGGAGAACUUGCACAAUUGGUGGCUGACUAAAUACUUUUUUUCCCCACUGUAUAUGCAAGUAAACACACAUGUGCACACAUACACGCACACACACACACAUGCACGCACACACACACACACACACACACACACACACACACAUACAUACAUACAUACAUACAUACAUACAUACAUACAUACAUACAUACAUACAUACAUACAUACAUACAUACAUACAUACAAACAUACAAACAUACAUACAUACACAUGCACACACACACAAACACAGAAUGGUCCAUCACUGUGUUUGUCUUCCUCAGCCUGGCUUCGUGGGAACUGCGUGUGAAGACUGUGCAGAUAAUCUUUACGGCUCAACCUGUAGUUCUGGUAACCAACUCGGUCCCAUUCUUUAAGAUUAAGAUUCUUUAUCUACCCCAUUUUGUGACUGCCCCAUGCACCUAGAGAUACAGUCCAUGUUGGUGCCAUUUGUAAUAUCAACCUGUUUCUCUCUCUCUUCAUCCCAUCAUUCUCCACUCCCCGGUCCAUCAGCCUGCACUUGUGUACAUGGCCUGUGUAAUGCUGGUAUCCACGGUGAUGGGAUAUGCACCUGCUUCUCUGGGUAUAAAGGGCCAAAAUGUGAUCUGGGUAAGAGAACCAGUGGUCUUGCAUGCUUAUGACAGGUCUUACAAUGUGUUAGAACUGUAUCAUAAUGCAUUAUACCUGUCGUGUGCUGCAGCAUUAACUCCCUGAUCUAUAGCCUACCUGUGUGUAUUCAUCCAAUGAUAACUUGCUCACACCCUAAUAACAGCACGUGGAUCUGUCAUCUCUGUCAUCUCUCAGAGCUGCCGGAGUGCUCUUCUCUGCUUUGUCCACAGAACACUCGCUGUAUGCAGGGCACACUUGAUGGGUCACUACGCUGUCAAUGUCUACCUGGCUACCAAACCUCUGGAGAUCAAUGCAUAUGUGAGUGACAGCAUUGGCUGUGUUCCUAUUCUCUGUAAUGGGGCCUUAUGGCCUUCCAGCUACUAACAGCCUGGUACUAAGUGAGUUAUGUAAUAGUUUUGAUGUGUCUCCUCUCACAGCCAUAAACCCGUGCCUGCAGCAGGUGUGCCACAGCCAUGCCACCUGUGCCCACGUGGGGCCCAACAAGCACUCGUGUACCUGUGCCCAGGGCUACAGCGGGGACGGGCACGUGUGUGUUCCCAUAGACCCCUGUCAAACACACCUGGGGGGCUGCUCUGAUGACACUGCUCGCUGCGUGUACGAUGGGCCAGGGAAGGUGUGUGUGUGUGUGUGUGUGUGCGUGCAUGUGUGCUUUUCCCCCAACCUUUUUCCUAACCCACAUUUGAAAUUAAUUGAUAAUGCAAGUCAAAAUAUAACAUUUUAUUGCUUCAAUUGGUGAUAAUGUGCCAGUCAUUUGUGUUAGGUGAACCUCCCCCUGAGUGGUGUUUUUGGUUUCGCUUGUAGUCUCAUUGUGAGUGUCAAGACGGGUUUGACCACCUGGCAGGAGGGGUGAGCUGCAGCCUGAAGGACAUGUGCAGACCAGACUCCUGCAGCAAAAAUGCCAACUGUUCUACAGUGGAGCCGAACGUAGUAGAGUCAGUAUGUUUCUGUUCUCUUAGACUUUGUGUGUUUAAGGAUAUUUGUGCAGUAAAACCAUCUUUCUUCAAAGAUCGUCUUACCUUCAUUCAUCUCUCUUACGCCAGGUGCACAUGUCACCAGGGUUACCUGGGCAACGGCAAGAUUUGCUAUGGCAACAUCAUGCAGCGUCUGAACGAUCUGAACUCAGAGCCCGGGGGCCAAUGGACCGGUCAGCUCAGCAAUGCCAUCACACUCUUUGGUGCGUCUCAUUGUUUAAUCAUCGGCCAAUCAGUGACUCAUCAAAGUUGCAGAAAAACACCUAUUUUGUUAUGGGACUUGAUUUACAUGCUCUCUCUCUCUCACUCUCUCUAUCUCUCUCUCUCUCUUGCACGCUCUCUCUCUUUUCCUCCUCCUCCUCCUCCUCCUCCAGGUGCCAUUUCUUGGCCCCUGAGCAACUUUGGCCCCUUCACUGUCUUCGUCCCAAUCAACAAGGGCUUCAAAGGAACUCCAGUAAGAUAGACAGUAGACACCCAUAGCCACUGUAGCUAUAUUGGUACACAGUAGACACCCAUAGCCACUGUAGCUAUAUUGGUACACAGUAGACACCCAUAGCCACUGUAGCUAUAUUGGUACACAGUAGACACCCAUAGCCACUGUAGCUAUAUUGGUACACAGUAGACACCCAUAGCCACUGUAGCUAUAUUGGUACACAGUAGACACCCAUAGCCACUGUAGCUAUAUUGGUACACAGUAGACACCUAGAGGCACUGUAGAUAUAUUGCUGGAUAUUUUGGAUAUUUUUUGCAACACAAUACCAAUAUUCUCUACUUUUCCACCUAUAGCUGAAGUGUUUAGCAUGUUUGUUGUAAUAGUGAGUAUGUGUUGUCCUGUCUCAGCUGAAUACUCUGAUGGCUGACCCAAUGAAGGCUAAGUACCUGUGUAAGCUGCACAUGGUUGCCGGGGAGAUGCCCUAUGACACGUUGAACAGAGGGGGCAUCUACUACACUCUGACGGGGAAGGCAGGGGAGACGGUGACAACAGAAGACGUGAGAUACACACACACACGCAUGCACACACAGGGGCAAGCCUCAUUACCAUGGCCAUCCUGAUUUAGACUGACAAAGGUCAACACCGUCCCAAGAGUACCUAAGUGGGCUUCUCAUAGUAGUAGUGUUGACACAGCACAAGACGGUCCAAUGAGAAACACUACUCUAAUGACAGGUCAUGCUGGUCAUGCCAGCAAAAUAACUUGAUGAUCCCCCCCACAGGACAAGCAGCUCAAGAUCCGUAUCCAUGGCAGCAGGAAGAAAGGCGGGUUCCUGCAGUCUGAUGUCAUCGCUUCCAAUGGGAUCAUCCAUAUUCUCAACAAGCUGAUGGACAGUGUCUCACCCACGGUGGAGAGUGAGAGAGAGGUGCACAGAGACCAGACACAAAGGCUGCGUCCCAAACGGCACCAUAUUACCUUUUUAGUGCAUUACCCAUAGGGCUCUGGUCAGAAGUAGUGCACUACAUAGGGAAUAGGGUGCCGUUUGGGACGCAACCAGAUACAUUGUUUACAAUACUUAGAAUAGCAUUUACAGGGCCUGCAUUUGUGUUGACACUACACAUGGUUUUCUCAUCAUUGCAACAAGCCUGGUUGUUAAGUUAGCCUAAGUUCCAUUUUGACAUGACUUGUCAUGUUAUCCUUUCCAGGAGAGUCUGAUGAAGAUUCUAUCAGACUACGGGAAGUUUUCCAAAUUCAAGGAUUUGCUGAUGGUACUGUAUUCUGUAUUCAUUUCAUGUUAUUUUAAUUGUAUUUAACAUAUUCUAGGUAUUAUUCAGAAUAUAUUAUAUCAGAUAUGAAGUAACAUCAACCUGUUGUUUUGAUAUCUUAUUACUGUAUUGUUUUUAUUCAUUUGUAUGUAUGUAAGGCACUUUUAACAAAAUAAAAAAUUGGUUUGAAAUAUGCUAUAUAAAUAAAGUUUGAUUUGGUUUGAUUCAUCUGUACAGAAAGCCAAUGUUGACUCUGUAUUGGAGGAGGCUGGGCCCUCCACCAUCUUUGCCCCCACCAACACAGCCUUCGAUGCCAUGAAGGAGGGACAGCUGGACUAUCUUACCUCUAGUGAGGUAGGGAAUGGGUGACUGCAUGUGCACAUACACAUGCACACGCAUGCACAAUUGCAAACUCUUAUGGCUCUGAUGACACACACACACAUCGUUUUGCAAAGCAUGUGACGUCCCAGACCGUGACUGUGAUGUGUGUGUGUUUGGCUUAUUUUUGUCUGAUUUCAGGGAAGCACUAAACUACUGGAGCUACUAAGAAAUCAUGUGGUCCCCUCAACUAAGGUGAGUGUGUGUGCUAGGCCCACAUGUCAAUCACCAAACCAGAUAAUGUCGAGUCCCUUAGACUUCAGGGCCCGUAUUCAUAAAUUUUCUCAGAGUAUGAGUGCUGAUCUAGGAUCUGUUAUGUCCAGUUAUGUUACGUCUAUAUUAUAAUUAAUUAGAUUACAUGGAUAGGGGAGACCUGAUCCUAGAUCAGCACUCUUACUCUGAGACGCUUUAUGAAUACGAACCCUGAACCCCUGACUAUUCUGUCAAUGUGUUUGCAUACGGUUGUUGUUUUCCAUUGGUUUGAAGUUGGAGGUCUAUAACGCUGUGUCCAGCCCCCGGAUUAGGACCAUGGCCAAUCAGAUCCUCUCGUUCAACGUGACUGAAAACGUAAGUACAUGUGACACAUCAACACAAGAGAGGAGGUAUGUACUGUAUAGUGUGUGUGUGUGUGUGUGUAGGUGUUUUGUCUGACUCUGAUGAAACCCCACAGGGUCAAAUCCUGGUUAACGGCAUGGCUGUACUGGAGGCAGAUGUGGAGGCCAAGAACGGACGCCUCUAUUCGCUGGACGGAGUUCUGAUCCCGCCCUCCAUCGAGCCGGUACUGCCUCACAGGUGUGACAUCACAGAGAACAAACUUUUGAAGGUGAGUUUGAGUGACAGGUUCUGUGAUCGUCCCCUGCAUUCACAUUUAGUGUUUUAGUUUUAGAGGUUUUAUUCAUUAUUAACUUCAUAACUUAUUAUUAGAGUCAUCCUUUAUUUCGAUUUAGUGAGGUAGUUGAUUCUGGUUGCUUGUCCUCAUUUGAGUGUCUCUCUUCAUUGACAUGCUACUACCCAGGGUGACUGUGUCAGCUGCUCAAAGGUGACCAAGUCCAGCUGCCCAUCCGGAGUGUCCACAGUAAGAACCCACACACACUGAAUCCCAAAGAGUUUGCAAAUGUUGUAUAGAGACCUAAGCAUCCCUUUCAGUUGCCUUCACAUGGCUCUUUCAUUAACCUUGUACAGUGCCUUCAAAAAGUAUUCAUACCCCUUGACUUAUUUCACAUUUUGUUGUGUUACAUCCUGAAUUCAAAAUGUAUCUCUACACAAAAUACCUAAUUAUGACAAAGUGAAAACAUGUUUGCAAAUGUAUUGAAAAUGAAAUACAGAAAUAUCUAAUUUACAUAUGUAUUCACACACCUAAGUCAAUACAUGUAAGGAUCACCUUUGGCAGUGAUUACAGCUGUAAUUGGUUGUGAAUAAGUCUCCAAGCGUUUUGCACACCUGGAUUGUACAAUAUUUUAACAUUAUUAUUUUUUUAAUUAGUCAAACUCUGUCAAAACUGUAACUAGGCCACUGAGGAACAUUCAAUGUCGUCUUGGUAAGCAACUCCAGUGUAUAUUGGCCUUGUGUUUUAGGUUAUUGUCCUGCUGAAUUUGUCUCCCAGUGUAUGUUGGAAAGCAGACGGAACUAGAUUUUCCUCUAGGAUUUUGCCUGUGCUUAGCUCUAUUCCGUUUCUUUUUAUCCUAAAAAAAACGUCCCUAGUCUUUGCUGAUGACAAGCAUACCCACAACAUGAUGCAGCUACCACCAUCCUUGACAAUAUGAAGAGUGGUACUCAGUGAUGUGUUGUGUUGGAUUUGCCCCAAUCAUAACGCUUUGAAUUCAGUACAUAAAGUUCAUUGCAGUUUUACUUUAGUGCCUUAUUGCAAACAGGAUGCAUGUUUUGGAAUAUUUUUAUUCUGUACAGGCUUCCUUCUUUUCACUCUGUCAUUUAGGUAAGUAUUGUGGAGUAACUACAAUGUGGAGUAACUCAGUUUCCUCUUCUCACAUCCAUUAAACUCUGUAACUAUUUUAAAGUCACCAUUGGCCUCAUGGUGAAAUCCCUGAGUGGUUUCCUUCCUCUCUGGCAACUGAGUUAUGAAGGAUACCUGCAUCUUUGUAGUGACUGGGUGUAUUGAUACACCAUCCAAAGUGUAAUUAAUAACUUCACCAUGCUCAAAGGGAUAUUCAAUAUCUGCUUUUUUAUUUUUACCCAUCUACCAAUAGGUGCCCUUCUUUGCGAGGCGUUAGAAAACCUCCCUGGUCUUUGUGGUUGAAUCUUUGUUUGAAAUUCAAUGCUUGACUGGGACCUUACAGAUCAUUUUAUGAGGUAGUCAUUCAAAAAUCAUGUUAAACACUAUUAUUGCACACAGAGUGAGUCCUUGCAACUUAUGUGACUUGUUAAGCACAUUUACUCCUGAGCUUAAUUAGACUUGCUUUAACAAAGGGGUUGAAAACUUACUGACUCAAGAAAUGUCAGCUUUUCAUUAUUAAUUAAUUUGUAAAAAUGUCUAAAAACAUAAUUCCACGUAUUUUUUAUUUAUUUAUUUAUUUCACCUUUAUUUAACCAGGUAAGCCAGUUGAGAACAAGUUCUCAUUUACAACUGCGACCUGGCCAAGAUAAAGCAAAGCAGUGCGAUAAAAACACAGAGAUGCAUAUGGGGUAAAACAAAACAUAAAGUCAAAAAUACAACAGAAAAUAUAUAUACAGUGUGUGCAAAUGUAGCAAGUUAUGGAGGUAAGGCAAUAAAUAGUAUUAAUUAGUAUUAACACUGGAAUGAUAGAUGUGCAAGAGAUUAUGUGCAAAUAGAGAUACUGGGGUGAAAAUGAGCAAAAUAAAUAACAAUAUGUGUCACGAUCGUUUACGGAUGAGACGGACCAAGGCGCAGCGUGAUAAGCGUACAUAUUUAUUUAGUACUGAACACACGAACAAAACAACAAACAAACGAUACGUGAAGUCCAAGGUAGACUAAUAACAUACCUAUACGGAACAAGAUCCCACAAACUAACUGGUGCCAACAGGCUGCCUAAGUAUGGUCCCCAAUCAGAGACAACGAGCUACAGCUAUCUCUGAUUGGGAACCACCCUGGCCAACAUAGAUCUAAACGAUCUAGAAACUAAACAUAGAAACAAACACAACACGAAAUAUACACACCCUGACUCAACAAAUAACCGUCCCCUGAGUCAGGGCGUGACAAUAUGGGGAUGAGGUAGUUGGGUGGGCUAAUUUCAGAUGGGCUGUGUACAGGUGCAGUGAUCGGUUAGGUGAUCUGACAACUGAUGCUUAAAGUUAGUGAGGGAGAUAAGAGUCUCCAGCUUCAGAGAUUUUUGCAGUUCGUUCCAGUCAUUGGCAGCAGAGAACUGGAAGGAAUGGCGGCCAAAGGAGGUGUUGGCUUUGGGGAUGACCAGUGAGAUAUACAGUGGGGAAAAAAAGUAUUUAGUCAGCCACCAAUUGUGCAAGUUCUCCCACUUAAAACGAUGAGCGAGGCCUGUAAUUUUCAUCAUAGGUACACGUCAACUAUGACAGACAAAAUGAGGAAAAGAAAUCCAGAAAAUCACAUUGUAGGAUUUUUAAUGAAUUUAUUUGCAAAUUAUGGUGGCAAAUAAGUAUUUGGUCAAUAACAAAAGUUUCUCAAUACUUUGUUAUAUACCCUUUGUUGGCAAUGACACAGGUCAAACAUUUUCUGUAAGUCUUCACAAGGUUUUCAAACACUGUUGCUGGUAUUUUGGCCCAUUCCUCCAUGCAGAUCUCCUCUAGAGCAGUGAUGUUUUGGGGCUGUCGCUGGGCAACACGGACUUUCAACUCCCUCCAAAGAUUUUCUAUGGGGUUGAGAUCUGGAGACUGGCUAGGCCACUCCAGGACCUUGAAAUGCUUCUUACGAAGCCACUCCUUCGUUGCCCGGGCGGUGUGUUUGGGAUCAUUGUCAUGCUGAAAGAACCAGCCACGUUUCAUCUUCAAUGCCCUUGCUGAUGGAAGGAGGUUUUCACUCAAAAUCUCACAAUACAUGGCCCCAUUCAUUCUUUCCUUUACACGGAUCAGUCGUCCUGGUCCCUUUGCAGAAAAACAGCCCCAAAGCAUGAUGUUUCCACCCCCAUGCUUCACAGUAGGUAUGGUGUUCUUUGGAUGCAACUCAGCAUUCUUUGUCCUCCAAACACGACGAGUUGAGUUUUUACCAAAAAGUUCUAUUUUGGUUUCAUCUGACCAUAUGACAUUCUCCCAAUCCUCUUCUGGAUCAUCCAAAUGCACUCUAGCAAACUUCAGACGGGCCUGGACAUGUACUGGCUUAAGCAGGGGGACACAUCUUGCACUGCAGGAUUUGAGUCCCUGGCGGCGUAGUGUGUUAUUGAUGGUAGGCUUUGUUACUUUGGUCCCAGCUCUCUGCAGGUCAUUCACUAGGUCCCCCCGUGUGGUUCUGGGAUUUUUGCUCACCGUUCUUGUGAUCAUUUUGACCCCACGGGGUGAGAUCUUGCGUGGAGCCUCAGAUCGAGGGAGAUUAUCAGUGGUCUUGUAUGUCUUCCAUUUCCUAAUAAUUGCUCCCACAGUUGAUUUCUUCAAACCAAGCUGCUUACCUAUUGCAGAUUUAGUCUUCCCAGCCUGGUGCAGGUCUACAAUUUUGUUUCUGGUGUCCUUUGACAGCUCUUUGGUCUUGGCCAUAGUGGAGUUUGGAGUGUGACUGUUUGAGGUUGUGGACAGGUGUCUUUGAUACUGAUAACAAGUUCAAACAGGUGCCAUUAAUACAGGUAACGAGUGGAGGACAGAGGAGCCUCUUAAAGAAGAAGUUACAGGUCUGUGAGAGCCAGAAAUCUUGCUUGUUUGUAGGUGACCAAAUACUUAUUUUCCACCAUAAUUUGCAAAUAAAUUCAUUAAAAAUCCUACAAUGUGAUUUUCUGGAGAAAAAAAAUCUCAAUUUGUCUGUCAUAGUUGACACGUACCUAUGAUGAAAAUUACAGGCCUCUCUCAUCUUUUUAAGUGGGAGAACUUGCACAAUUGGUGGCUGACUAAAUACUUUUUUUCCCCACUGUACCUGCUGGAGCGCAUACUACGGGUGGGUGUUGCUAUGGUGACCAAUGAGCUAAGAUAAGGAGGGGAUUUGCCUAGCAGUGAUUUAUAGAUGGCCUGGAGCCAGUGGGUUUGGCGACGAAUAUGUAGUGAGGACCAGCCAACAAGAGCGUACAGGUCACAGUGGUGGGUAGUAUAUGGGGCUUUGGUGACAAAACGGAUGGCACUGUGAUAGACUACAUCCAAUUUGCUGAGUAGAGUGUUGGAGGCUAUUUUGUAAAUGACAUCGCCGAAGUCAAGGAUCGGUAGGAUAGUCAGUUUUACAAGGGCAUGUUUGGCAGCAUGAGUGAAGGAGGCUUUGUUGCGAAAUAGGAAGCCAAUUCUAGAUUUAACUUUGGAUUGGAGAUGCUUAAUGUGAGUCUGGAAGGAGAGUUUACAGUCUAACCAGACACCUAGGUAUUUGUAGUUGUCCACAUACUCUAGGUCAGACCCGUUGAGAGUAGUGAUUCUAGUCGGGUGGGCGGGUGCCAGCAGCGUUCGAUUGAAGAGCAUGCAUUUAGAUUUACUUGUGUUUAAGAGCAGUUGGAGGCUAUGGAAGGAGUGUUGUAUGGCAUUGAAGCUCGUUUGGAGAUUUGUUAACACAGUGUCCAAUGAAGGGCCAGAUGUAUACAAAAUGGUGUCAUCUGCAUAGAGGUGGAUCUGAGAAUCACCGGCAGCAAGAGCGACAUCAUUGAUAUACACAGAGAAAAGAGUCGGCCCAAGAAUUGAACCCUGUGGCACCCCCAUAGAGACUGCCAUAGGUCCAGACAACAGGCCCUCCGAUUUGACACAUUGAACUCUAUCUGAGAAGUAGUUGGUGAACCAGGCGAGGCAGUCAUUUGAGAAACCAAGGCUAUUUAGUCUGCCAAUAAGAAUGCGGUGGUUGACAGAGUCGAAAGCCUUGGUCGAUGAAGACGGCUGCAUAGUACUGUCUAUUAUCGAUCGCGGUUAUAAUAUCGUUAUGGGGUAUUGUGUGUAGGCUCAGUGGUGUAAAAAGUACCCAAUUGUCAUACUUGAGUAGAAGUAAAGAUACAUAAUAGAAAGUGACUCAAGUAAAAGUGAAAGUCACCCAGUAAAAUACUUUUUGAAUAAAAGUAUUUGGUUUUAAAGAUAUUUAAGUAUCAAAAGUAAAUGUAAUUGCUAAAAUAUACUUAAAUAUCAAAAGUAAAAGUAAAAAUAUAAAUCAUUUUAAAUUCCUUAUAUUAAGCAAACCAGACAGUUGAUUUUAUUUUACAGAUAGCCAGGGGCACACUCCAACAUUCAGACAUAAUUUACAAAUGAAGCAUGUGUGUUUAGUGAGUCCGCCAGAUCAGAGGCAGUAGGAAUGACCAGGGAUGUUCUCUUGAUAAGUGCGUGAAUUGGACAAUUUUCCUGUCCUGCUAAGCAUUCAAAAUGUAACGAGUACUUUUGGGUGUCAGGGAAAAUGUAUGGAGUAAAAACUACAUUAUAGUGAAGUAGAAGUAAAAGUUGUACAGAUAGUACAGAUACCCGCAAAAAUGAAUUAAGUAGUACUUUACACCACUGUGUAGGCCAGUGACACAAAAUCUAAAUUUAAUCCAUUUUAAAUUCCGGCUGUAACACAACAAAAUGUGGAAAAAGUCAAGGGGUGUGAAUACUUUCUGAAGGCACUGUAUGUGUUUACUGAGAGCCAUGGUCUGUUUUGCAAAUGGCAUCCUAUUCCCUAUAUAGUGCACUACUUUUGACCAGAGCCCUAUGAGCACUGGACAAAAGUAGUAGACUUUAAAGGUAGUAGGGUGCCAUUUGGGAUGUAACCAUCCAUGUACUCUAUACAGCUCUGUGUUUAUUUUGCUGACGUUGCCCCCUUUGUGUAGAACACCUUCACUCACGGCUGUGUGUUCCGGAAUAUACUGGGUUUCAACAUCCCUACGUUUGGCUGCGCCCUCAUAUGCAACAGGACCCUCACGGUACAGACACACACAGACACACAUAAAACCCCUAACCCUAACUCCUAACCCUGAACCUAACCUUAACCCCAAACCCUAAACCUUUAAGCCUAAAAUAUAAAUUUAACAAAUUCACGUUUCUUGUUUUCCUACCUUGUCAGGACAUUCUGGUGACUUGUCAGGACAUUCUGGUCCUGAUAAUGUAGGAAAACAUAUACACACACACACACCACACACAACCUCCCUCGCACCUCGCACACCUCAAACACCCCUCACACACUCUGUAGGCCUGGUCUGAUUUGUGUUUUUCACCCUCCUGAGCCUGUCCUCCUCCCUAACCCCACCUCUACAUCAUCCUCUCCCCAGACACCACUGUGCUGUAAGGGCUUCUAUGGGCCAGACUGCACCCCCUGUCCUGGAGGGUUCAACACCCCCUGCUCCCGUCGCGGACAGGUGAGACACACCACUUAACCAAUUUAUCCCUUAACCACUUAACCAAUCUGACUGAGGAUAAUCUAUGCAGUGAUUGGCAUAAUCCUCAUCUUUGUGUUUAUGUACAGUAUGUAGGUAUUCAUACUGAUUUUCUACCAUGUGUCUUAGUGUUCUGAGGGGAUCGAGGGAAACGGGACAUGUGUCUGUGAGACCAACUUCAAAGGCUCCCGGUGCCACUACUGCUCCAACCCCAACAAAUACGGACCGGCCUGCGACAAAAGUACACCCCCGUCUUAGACAUUCUAUAUUGACACAGGGACAUAUCAGUGUCCCCAGAUGAUGACACGUCUGUCUCAUGUUGAUGAUGUGUCUCUCCCCUUCUGUCCCUAGCUUGUGACUGUAUCCAUGGUGUGUGUGAUAACCGUCCCGAGGCAGACGGGCGUUGUAAGGUGGACUCCUGCCAGCCGGGCUACACUGGCCAGUACUGUGAACGCCACACCCAGGCCUGUGGCCCCCAGGUGACCUUCUGUCAUGCCUACGCAAAGUGUGACUUCAACGGAGGGGCAGUCAAGUGAGUGUGCAGGCUUCACUGCGGCCUUGUUGGGGAUGAUGGUAUAACAAUAGAAUCCCUUUCUCUCACUCAAUGUUCUAAAUUCUCAAGACAACACAGUGUUUUGUAUCCAAGAUUUCCCUCCUGCAAAAGUUUGUUUUAAGUAAAAGGCGUGUUUUUUAUGUGUGUGAAGGUGUGUGUGUAAGCCUGGAUUCCAAGGUGAUGGGAUCACGUGCGUGGAUACGGACCCCUGUGCCCAGCCGAACCGUGGAGGAUGCGAUGUGAAUGUAAGCACAGAAAACACACAAUGUACGAAAACCAUACAUCUCACCAUCAACGUAUUUCAGUACCUUUUCCAAUGUAACAUUUUAGAUCUGUUUUUCACCUUAGCAUGGUAGCCUGCUUGCUGUACUGAGCUGUUCUGACUGUGUUCUCCACUACCCCCUACAGGCCAAGUGUAUAAAGACAGGGCCAGGCUCACACACAUGCCAUUGUUUGGCAGGGUGGAGGGCGGACGAGGAUGAGUGCCAGCCUAUCAAUGACUGCCUGGGCGCUGAUAGAGGGGGCUGCCAUCCCAAUGCCACCUGUAUUUACGUGGGCCCUGGACAGGUGAGAGAGGGAGGUAGGGCAUCAAACUCCCAAAACAGUCUGACUGACAAUGCUAUGUUGUUCGUAUCUUUUCUCCCCUACCAUCUAUCUUAUCCCAUCCAUUCAGAAAAGCCCAAAGACUCCAGUUGAUCCUAUGCAUGUUCCUAUUUCCAAAUGCAGAGCGGCUGUGCGUGCAAGAGUGGUUUCCGUGGAAAUGGGAGGGAGUGCGAGGCGAACAAUCCGUGCGUGGCACAAAAUGGCGGCUGUCAUUAUCUGGUGGGUGCCCACUACUUCUCAUUGGCUAAGUAUUGACCAAUAGAAUCACAGACCAUAAUACUGAAUGACUGAGAUGAUAGCCUUUGACCUCAUGAACUUUGAUCUACUUUCUCUCCUACAGGCAAGCUGUCUCUACGUGUCCGGUGCAUGGAAGUGUGUGUGUGAGGAUGGAUACACAGGUGACGGAGAGGUGUGCUACGGCAAUGUGGGACAGGUGAGCACUUCCUACGUUAUUGCCAAGACAGGUAGCCACAUAUGGCUUAGGAUUGGGGGACUGACAUACCUACUCUGAUCUGAAUAACAAACCUAACCUCCACUGUGUCUCUGUAGGAGUUGAUGGCCCUUCCUGAUGUCACUGAAUUCGCCAAAUGGGUGACUGUGAGUUUGACUUAACCAUUGUCAUUUCUCAUCGUUUUACAGGAGGGGGGUUUUGAGUUUUCCCUGUGUUGUUAAUGCUGUUGUUCAGAUUCUUCAUUGUCUGAAUAAGAAACAACUUAUUUUCACUUCUGACAUCCUGUAUCAAUAAGGAGACAUCACACCACACUCUUAGAAAAAAAGGUGCUAUCUAGAACCUAAAAUAGUUAUUCGGGUGUCCCCAUAGGAGAACCCUUUGAAGAACCCUUUUUGGUUCCAGGUAGAACUCUUUUGGGUUCCAUAUAGAACCUUUUCUACAGAGGGUUCUACCUGGAACCAAAAAGGGUUAUCCUAUGGGGACAGCCGAAAAACACUUUUGGAACCCUUUUUUCUAAGAGUGCAUAGUGUAAGCUUCAGGAACGUUUAGUAAGAUACAACCGGAUAUGGUUAUAGAGCAUUAUGGGUACUGUAGUGCAUACUGCUACAAUCUGCACAAGGUCAUAUUCACAACUCACCAUCACCUUCUGUUAGCCUGCUAGUAUGCCUGUAAGAUGCUGGUCGGAUGGUUUUAGGUCAUCAUGACAUUUAGUAUUUUAUUUUGUCUCCUCCCCUCUCCCAGGACACAGGCAUUUCCCAACUGCCACUCAUGAACAGUCAGAACAUAACUCUGCUGGUGCCGUCCACAGCAGCCACAGACAAGAUGACCAAAGAGGACAAGGACUUCUGGACAACCCAGGGGAACCUACCCAGUAUCAUCAAGUAAGACCUGGGUCAUAUUCAUUAGGCACCAAAUGAAAGAAUAUGGCCUGAAACAGGAAGAGAUUACCUGGACUUCUCUCUGAACCGUCUCUUUUAUUUUCCAUUGGACAACUUUCUAAAACGUUUUGGUAUAGGCAUUGAGAUUCUUCCAUUGUGAUAAUCCUUAUUUCUGAUUAUACCCUGAUAGAAAUCACAUGAUCCAAGGUGUCUACUCGUUAGCUGACCUACGGAACGCAUCCUCCACCUUGCAGCUCACUUCCUUUCUGAAGAAGGCUCUUCCUGUUACUAUUACCAAUGAGGUGAGUUUAGAGGCAGGUUUUAUCCUAAGCUUGAAGUGAACAGGAACUGUGAUACUGUAACACAUGACCUGAAGUUAACCCUGUAUUGUCUGUCAGUCCACAGGGAUUGGAGGAGCCACCAUAACAACCGCAAAUGUGGCUUCAACCAAUGGACUGAUCCACAUUAUUGACACAGUGUUGGUUCCAGAGAGGAGUCUAAGUGAGGGGCUGCUGGAGCUGCUUGCACAGAGGCCAGAGUUCUCCCUGUUCAGGAGUUACCUUGUUGUACGUACAUUAUAAGGCUUCUAUUCUUUUCAUCCAAGCCACACGCUCAUACAGCACCCAAACUCUCUUUUUUGAAGAGAGCACUCUGAUGAACAACCCCAGCCUUAUCAAUGUCUUAUUAAUGUUCUCCAUUAAAUUACUUGUGAUUCCAUAAGCAGCCAUAUCUGAGGACAAUGUCUGUCUCUGUCUGCUCCCUCUCAGCAUCAUAACCUGACAGAGGAGAUAGAGCAGGCCUCGGCGUACACAGUGUUUGCUCCAACAGACAGUGCUGUCCUCGAGUACCUCAAGAAUACCGCUUCGGACACCAUGGUACCUCAAAUUAUUUUGUGAUCUUGUUACACAUUGUGUUUGUGGAUGCGAGUGUGCGUGCUUAUAUAAUGUAUGAACUGUAUAGUACUGUGUGUGCUUUGGUUGUUGUCAGGACCUGAAUACGACGCGGUACCACAUAGUGCUGUCUGAUAGGUUGAUGAGGAUAGACCUGCUGGGUGGAGCCUACAAGGAGACCAUGCUGGGGUUCUCCUACCAGCUAGGCAUCUUACCCAGGGAUGACAAGGUAUUUUUAUUAUGGGAUGCUCUGGGAAUUCUGUUUGUGUUCUUCUGCUAGUGUUGUAUCAGCCAUAUUGGAUGUAGUCUACUGCUGUUUGAGUCCUCUCAAAAUGUGGUGCUUCUUUUUUCUUCUCUUCUCUUCUCUUCUCUUCUCUUCUCUUCUCUUCUCUUCUCUUCUCUUCUCUUCUCUUCUCUUCUCUUCUCUUCUCUUCUCUUCUCUUCUCUUCUCUUCUCUUCUCUUCUCUUCUCUUCUCUUCUCUUCUCUUCUCUUCUCUUCUCUUCUCUUCUCUUCUCUUCUCUCUCUUCUCUUCUCUUCUCUUCUCUUCUCUUCUCUUCUCUUCUCUUCUCUUCUUUUCUCUCUCCUCUGUAGUUGUUUGUGAAUGAGGCCCAGGUAAAUGUGUCAGACAUCCAGGGUGGUAAAGGGGUGAUCCACGGCCUAUCUGCAGUCCUAGAUAUCACCAAAAAUCGCUGCGACAUCCAGCAAUUCAAGACAUUUCCGGUACAGCUUAAUCAAUACCCCUUUCUUCCUUUUUCUAAACAUUUGACAUGAAUUUUCUCAGAUAAUUCUUCAUUCAUCUUUUGUCUGAAGGGAUCCUGUCAAGACUGCUUCUACCCACAAUACAACACCUGUCCAGCCGGAUCUACCCCAAUGGUAUGAUACCUUUCAAGUAUAUCCAGCUACUGUAUAGUGGAUCCAAAAUGGCUAUCAUGUUUCAUGAAUUACUCUCUGUGUUAUGGCUGUUUUCCCUACAGACAUUGGUCAGGAAAAAGUGUAUGUUCCGUCGGGUCUACGAGGGGGAACAGCUGCUCAGCCUCGGCUGCAAGACCAUCUGCAAGAACACUACCAUUGUACGUGAGACACCAGUAGCACCACUAGCACUGUGUUCGGACUGCAUCCCACCCUAUUCCCUAUAUAGUCCACUAUUUUUGACCAGGGCCCAUAGGGAACAGGGUGUAAUUUGGCAUGCAUCCCUAGUCUAGAAUGUGUCACUGGUGUAGAAACAAAAAGCACUGUUAACAUCAUUUGUUAGCAUUGUGUUUGCAUAUUUCUUACACAUAUUCAAUGGUUUAAAUCCAAGAAGAGGAAUCAACAAGGGUCUAGAGAAGCUCUACCUGAGUGAGGGAAUUGACAGGCAGUGAUGCUCUACCUUUACGCCAAUUGGAAGUGAGAGUAGAAGUGUGUCCCUGUGAGUGACUCUAGCUCCCCCUGUAGGUGCGGAGGUGCUGUGGCGGGUUCUACGGGGAGCACUGUGAGCCGUGUCCAGGGCCCAAAGGCCAGCCCUGCUAUGGGAACGGGGUGUGCCAGGACGGGACCAACGGUACAGGGGUGUGCCAAUGUAAGAAGGGCUUCAACGGGACCGCUUGUGAAACGUGUCAGGAGGGCAAAUACGGCAUCCACUGUGACCAAGGUACUGUGACCAAGGUACUGUAGUAAUGUACUGUACGCUCUUAGAAAAAAAGGUGCUAUAUAGAACCUAAAAGGGUUCUUUGGCCCCAUAGGAGAACCCUUUGAAUAACCCUUUUUGGUUCCAGGUAGAACCCUUUUGGGUUUCAUGUAAAACCCUUUCCACAGAGGGUUCUACAUGGAACCCAAAAGGGUUCUACCUGGAACCAAAAAGGGUUCUUCUAUGGGGACAGCCGAAGAACCAUUUUGGAACUAUUUUUUCUAAGAGUGUAGUAAUAUAGCGUCCACUGUGACCAAGGUACUGUCGCAAGAUAUAUCCACUAUAAACUUGCCACUACAAUAUAGAAUCCAACAAUUCAACAUUGGGAUGCUUUUGCAUUACAGAAACACAAUCAACAUCUACACUACUAUCAACAGCAUAGUUUUCUCUCUCUCUCUCUCUCUCUCUCUCUCUCUCUCGCUCUCUCUCUCUAUCUCUCUCUCACUCUCUCUCUCUCUGUCUUUCUGUCUCCGCCCCUCUCUCGCUCUACAGACUGUAGGUGUAAGAACGGCCGGUGCAAUGACGGUAUCCAUGGAGAUGGGACUUGCGAGUGUGAUGCGUAUUGGAGAGGGAUCACCUGUGAUGAUAGUAUGUACUGUAUGACAGUACAUGUGCUGGAGUUGUUCUUAUUUUUUAUUAGUAUAAUUUUAGCUCCUUGCAUUUACUCUUUCAAGUAUGUAUGACAGGGUGAUUGCCUGAUAAGUGGGCCACAGAGCAGGAGGGUCAUUCUUGAGUUGUGGUGGCAUUUCGAGAAAAUUACAUUAAAUUGCAUACAUAUACAGUAUAUAUGUUUUAAAAAGUAUCUACCCAUUCUAAAUCAACUGACAGAGGAGAGAGAUCAGGCCAUUAACCCUUUAACUAGGUCAUUAACCCUUUAACUACAGUGAUAUGAUUAAUACUUUUGCUCACAAUGUAAUUUCCCUUUAUUUAAAUUGAGUAACACCAAUGACAGUUUUUAUUUAGACACACCAAAUUAUCAAUGGAAUCCUCAAAUGUAUGACAUACUAAAAGGGUGUGAUUACCUAAUAUGUAAAAUGUAUGCACACAUGAAUAAAAGCAUCUGCUAAAAGGCAAAUAUUAUUAUUAUAUUAAUAAUUCUAUUUAAUAUAGACCCCUCCCCCAAUAACAGUUUGCAACUGUAGGGCAUGCUCAAGGUCCUUGCAUAUAUUUGUAAAGAGUGAUUUUCAAGGCAGUAACACAAAUUACAUAAAACAUACAGUGGGGUCCGAAGUUAUUGACACCCUUGAUAACGAUUUAUAAAAAAUGACUGUAUAAAUAAAUAAUUCAAAUACUUAGAGUUCAUAGUGUAUGCUUUAAAAAAAUGGGGAAAUUUUAUUAUUAUAUACUAAUACAUUUGCUCAGAGAAAAAUAUUUUGUUUAACAAGUAAUCAAAACAUUUUUUCAAAAAAAGGUAGGGGUAAAAAUGAUUGACACUCCUGUUUUCAAUAACUUUCAAUACCUCACCUUGCUAGGAUAACUGCACUGAGCCUUUUUCUAAAAUGUUUUGUGAGUAGGAGAACACAUUGGGAGGUAUCUUAGACCAUUCCUCCAUACAGAAUCCUUCCAGAUCCUUGAUAUCCUUCAUCUGUGCUUAUGGACUGUCCUCUUCAAUUCAAACCACAGGUUUUCAAUGGUCCAGAUUUUGUGGCCAACUAACCAUUUCUUUGUGGAUUUUGAUGUGUGCUUGGGGUUAUUGUGUUGCUGGAAGAUCCACUUGUGGCCAAGUUUCAGCCUCCUGGCAGAGGCAACCAGAUUUGUGGCUAAAAUGUCCUGUUAAUCAUUUCUGACCCCACUGUAUUAUAUAUAAAAAUAAAAAGCAUUUAAUAGCAUUCUUUGUUUUUAUUAAUCUAUACAAAUAUGAAAUACUUUUUAUUUACUUUCUAGAAUUCAAAUAAUAGACAGAUAUCUCUAAAUCCCCAAAACAUGUCACUACAACUACUCAUCACUACGGGGACAAGACAAUUUGCAUAUCCUAAGUACUUUAAAGAAUACAUACAAAUACAGUUUUGCAGUACAGAGGACUUGCAUUUUGGUUUAUUAUUGAUAAACAGUUCAAUAUCAACAAAAACAUGUAGGAUGUGUAACUUUUUGUCAUUUUAAAGUGUUUUUCAUGGUUGCAAAGGCGAGGGACGCAAAUGCCACGGCACAGGACGUAUCCUACCAAGGGACUUUAGUCCCACCUCUAACAGACAUACAAAAAAAACACACAUUUAUUACAAGUACAUGUUACAUGGGCAUUUGAUCUCACAUGAAUCAUAUCAAUGUUAUAGGAUCAUCUCAUAUUGUGUUCAUGAUACUGUAACAUGACAAUGUAAAAAAUGUAAUCCCUGUUUGCUGUGUUUCAGAGAUCACUAGAGAAGAGAACUGUGGGGACAGGAAGUGCCACACCAGUGCAAUGUGAGUGAACUCACUCUGACUUCAGCUUCCCACCACUCUAUGAUGUGAUUAUGUUGAAAUCAAACCAUUUCAGCACAGCAAGUCGGUGAAACGGUUCUUACAUCUCUUAGUUAUAAACUGUGGUUCCAUCUCUUCUCCUCUUUUGCAUCUAUCUCACAGGUGUGUAGUAGGUCGCUGUGAAUGUUUGGCAGGGUUUCAGGGUAACGGCACUGACUGCAAAGGUAUCCUUCCCAUCACUUCCCAGCAUGCACUAUUAUGCUGGUACAUUAACUGCUAUAAACUAUACAUGACUACUACACAGGAAACUAGGUGUAACAAAGCUGUGUGUGUGUGUGUGUGUGUGUGUGUGUGUGUGUGUGUGUGUGUGUGUGUGUGUGUGCAGCAAAAGAUGCCUGCAAAGACAAUAACGGAGCCUGCAGUCCUCACGCUGUGUGUAAGAGGACUCUCCCAGGACGCAGGCAGUGUGUGUGUAACACAGGAUAUCAUGGCGAUGGGGUGGUGUGUGUACGUAAGUAUGGGUUUUUAAUCUACACACUUUGACGGGUCAGGGGCUGAAAUAAUGUUGAGUUUCAGCUGUGUUUGUUCAAUUUGUUAUCUAGGGUUGGGCUACCACUGAAAGAAAUGGUAAGAAAGUAUUUGUGAAAUGUUAAUAUAAAACUUUGUUUUAUUUUUCCUCAGAGAUCAACCCCUGUCUGGAUGGUAGAGGAGGCUGCCAUGUGAAUGCAGACUGUAUUCACACUGGACCUAACAAAGUAAGUCAGUCAGUUGGUCAGUUGUGUGUGUUUGGUGUCCAUCAAUCUGUUGUAAAAAAAAUGAACUGACUUAUUUCAUGUUUUCUAUCCAGACGUCAUGUGUGUGCAGCCAAGGCUACACAGGAGAUGGGAAGGAGUCUUGUACGGUUGUCAACCUCUGUCGAAUGGUACAUCUCUAAUCUCUCCCUCAAUAAAGUGUCAAUGUAGUGAACAGUGUAACAGUGUAGUGAGCAGUGUAACAGUGUGGUGAACAGUGUAACAGUGUGGUGAACAGUGUAACAGUGUAGUUAACAGUGUGGUGAACAGUGAACAGUUGGGAACAGUGUGCUGAACGAGUGUAAGUGUGAACAGUUGUAACAGUGGUGAACAGUGUAACAGUGUGGUGAACAGUGUAACAGUGUGGUGAACAGUGUAACAGUGUGGUGAACAGUAGUAAACAGUGUGGUGACAGUUUGUUACACGUGGUGCGUGUGUAAACAGAGUAUGUAACAGUGUGGUGUAACAGUGUGUGAACAGUGUGUGUGAACAGGUUGGGUACAGUCGUGGUGAACAGUGUUUGUGGUAACAGGUGGUGAAUCAUGUUAACAGGUGGUGAACGUGUAAGUUUUUCAGUGGUUAACAGUGUUACAGGUGUGAACAGGUGUGUACAGGUGUGAAUCAUGUAACAGUGUGGUAACAGUGUAACAGUGUGGUGAACAGUGUACAGUGUGUGAACAGUGUACAGUGUAGGAACAGUUGUACAACAGUGUGGUGAACAGUUGUGUAACAGUGUGGUGAACAGUGUAAUGUGGUGAACAUGUUGUACGUGUAUGUAAUACAUGUAACAGUGUGGUGAACAGGUUGUAAACAGGUGGUGACAGUGUAACAGUUGGUGAACGUGAACAGUGUGUGAACAGUGUGGGUUGAACAGUGUACAGUGUGUGAACAGUAGAACAGUGUGAACAGUGUACAGGUGGUGAACAGUUGUAACAGCGUGAUGUAUGUAACAGUGUACAGUGUGAACAGUGGGAAGGUAAGUGGUGAAAUGUACAGGUGUGAACAGUGUAACAGUGUGGUGAACAGUUAUGUAACAGUGUGGGAACAGUGUACAUGUGUGAACAGUGUAACAGUGUGGUGAACAGUGUAACAGUGUGGGGAACAGAGUGUAAACAGUGUCAGUGAACAGUUGUUGGUAACAGUGUGUGUAACAGUGUUAUGUAACAGUGUGGUGAAACAGUGUGUAACAGUGUGAAGUGAACAGUUGAAUUAACAGCUGGUGAAGUGGUAACAGGUGUAACAGUGUAAACAGGUGAACAGUUAAGGUGUAGAACAGUGUAACAGUGGUGAACAGUGUAACAGGUGGAAUAACAGUGUACAGGUAACAGUGUAACAGUGUGGUGAACAGGUGUAACAGGUGAAGUGAACAGUGUACAUCGUGGUGAACAGGUAACAGUGGACAGUGUAACAGUGGUGACAGUGUAACAGUGUGGUGAACAGUGUACCAGUGUAGUGAACAGUGUAACAGUGUGGUAGAACAGUGUAACAGUGUGGUGAACAGUGUAACAGUGUGGUGAACAGUGUUACAUCGUGGUGAACAGUGGAUGUAACAGCGUGAUGAAUCAUGUAACAGCGUGGUGAACAGUGUAACAGUGUGGUGAACAGUGUGUAACAGUGUGAGUGAACAGUUGUAACAGUGUAAGUGUUGAGACAGUGUAACAGUGUAGUGAACAGUUGUAACAGUGUGGUGAACAGUUGUAACAGUGUGUGAACAGUUUGUAACAGUGUGGUGAACAGUGUAACAGUCGUGGUGAACAGGUAACAGUGUGUGUAUUUGUACAGUUGUGUAACAGUGGACGUGAACAGUGUAACAGGUGUGAACAGUUGUAACAGGUGGGUGAACAGUGUAUGUAACAGGUGGUGAACGUGUAACAGUGUGGUGAACAGUGUAAAGUAGUGAACAGUGUACAGUGGUGAACAGUGUAAAUGUAGUGAACAGGUAACAGUUGUGAAGUAACAGUGUGGUGAACGUGUACAUGUGUGAAGUGAACAGUGUAAGUGUGUGAACAGUGUAACAGUCGUGGUGAACAGUGUAACAGUGUGGUGAACAGUGUAACAGUGUGGUGAACAGUGUAACAGUGUGGUGAACAGUGUAACAGUGUAGUGAACAGUGUAACAGUGUGGUGAACAGUAAAUGUAGUGAACAGUGUAACAGUGUGGUGAACAGUGUAACAGUGUGGUGAACAGUGUAAAGUGUGACAGUGUACAGUGGUAAGAACAGUGUGUAAAGUAGUGAACAGUGUAACAGUGUGUGAACAGUGUAACAGUGUGGUGAACAGUGUAACAGUGUGGUGAACAGUGUAACAGUGUAGUGAACAGUGUAACAGUGUAGAGAACAGUGUAACAGUGGUGAACAUGUAAUGUAGUGAGGAACAGUUGUGACAGUGUAACAGUGUGGUGAACAGUGUGAAUUAACAGUGUGGUGAACAGUGUAACAGUGUGGUGAACAUUGAACGUGUGAUAAUAACAGUGUGUGGUGAACAGGUGUACAGUGUGGUGAACGAGUGUGAACAGUGAACAGUGGGGAGUGAAACAGUUGUGUGUAACAGUGUGGUGAACAGUGUAACAGUGUGUGAACUUUAAAGUAUGUGAACGUGUAACAGUGUGGUGAACAGUGUAAAGUGUAGUGAACAGUGUAACAGUGUGGUGAACAGUGUAACAGUGUGGUGAACAGUGUAAAUGUAGUGAACAGUGUAACAGUGUGGUGAACAGUGUAACAGUGUGGUGAACAGUGUAACAGUGUGGUGAACGUGUGUGGUGUAACAGUGACAGUGGGUGAACAGUGUAAAGUGUGUGGAACAUUGUAAAAGUGUGGGAACAGUGUAACAGUGUGGUGAACAGGUGUACGGUACAGCGUGGUUGAACAGUGUAACAGGUGGUGAACAUUGUAAAGUGUGUGAACAGUUGUAACAGUGUGGUGAACAGGUGUAACAGUGUGGUGAAACAUUGUAAAUGUAGUGAACAGUUGGUGUAACAGUGUGGUGAACAGUGUAACAGUGGGUGAACAUUGGUGUAGUGAACAGUGUAACGUAACAGGUGGUAGUGAACAGUGUAAAUGUUGUUGAACAGUGUGGUGAACAGUGUAAAUGUAGUGAACAGUGUAACAGUGUGGUGAACAGUGUAACAGUGUGGUGAACAUUGUAAAUGUAGUGAACAGUGUAACAGUGUGGUGAACAGUGUAACAGUGUGGGAACAGUGUAACAGUGUGGUGAACAUUGUAAAUGUAGUGAACAGUGUAACAGUGUGGUGGUCCUCUUGGCAGAAACACGGGGACUGCCACAGGUACGCCAGGUGUAAUAUGACUGGUCCAGGGGAACGCAGCUGCACCUGUAUGGACGGAUACGUGGGCGACGGCAUCACCUGUAAAGGCACUGUGGGCAAGGUGAGUAGGACAGGAGACUACAAAUAGCAGUAAAAGUUCAAUUUGUUUGGCAUUUGUAAGUACACAUACACACACCUCUUUUCCCACUUUCUUUCCCUUUCGCUCUCUCACUCACUCACUCUUCAUUCGAUCUUUGAUUAGUGUUUAUCUUUUUCAUCCACAGGAGCUUCUCACCAGGAAACUGAGGGAUUUCUAUCUUGGGUUGAUGGUGAGUCUCUCACUGACCAAUAGAACACUUUUAUUUAUGUUCUGGAUUAAGUUAUACAUCCUAGUGAGAAAGGCACAACACAAUCCCUGUUUACUAAAAUAUUAGCAAAUGAACUGAAGAUCUUGUUGGUUGAACGUUGUUUGUUUUCAGAUAGCAGAUAUCUCUCUGAAGGGCCGGGGUCCAUUCACAGUCUUUGCUCCAACAGCUGAGGCCUUCGCCCAGGGGGAAAUGGUAGGAAAGUGUGUGUGUGUGUGUGUGUGUCUGUGUGUGUGUACAUGCACCUGUUUCUAUAUGUCUGUGUGUGACUUGCUCUUAGGCAAAAGAGUUUAGGCAUUCCUCGAAGAGAGAGAAGAUGGCCAAGAUGCUUCGCUACCAUAUCGUGUCAUGUCAUACCCUAUUGGCCAGCGACCUGACCACGCCCAGAAAUCUGACCACUCUCAUGGGAGACGUCUUGACCAUCACCUACUCUGAGGUAACCAAUGAGAUUACCACACUCCCAGUGGAUUAUAUUGGUUGCUUCAAUGUCUGUGGAUUAUUAUCCAAGAUACCAUUUAUUAUCAUAACGGAUUGGACAUUAUUUAUAUACCUUGAGACGUAUAGAAGUAUAGUAUAGAUGUUGCAUCUGGUUCCUCUGCUACAUUUGAGGAAGAGAUUCCAUGGUUGUGGUGAGAGAUUUAAGGUAUUCUGUCCUUGUUUCCAGGGUACCAUCCUCAUCAACAACAUGGUGAAAGUGGUGCACAGUGAUGACCCGAGCAUCAAUGGGAUCAUCCAUGAGAUUGACACCUUCAUGAUACCAGAGAGCCUGAAGAAGGCUGAUGUGAUAGAGGGGCCAGUAUGUACAAAGACAGAGACUAUUUGUAAUCAAUACACCUGUAUAAAUCUGUCAUGGGAUAACUCAUCACCAUCUCCCUGUCCCUCUUCCAUCUCUCUAUUUUCCCUCUUUCUCUCUUUCCCUCUCCAUCUCUCCCUUCACAGUUGAACCUCACUGAUGUGGCUGAUCGUAAUGGUUACAAGACCUUCUACAAACUGCUGUUGGUUAGUAUUGUCCCUGUGAAGUUCCUAUUUCCUUUAUGGAUACUGAGAAUAACAAUCUAAAACGUCUCCCAUAAAAAGUGUUAAAGAAGGUGUUCUUCUGUUUCGCCUGCAGGACACAGAUGUGAUGGCCAUGGUGAACGACCCCCUCCACCAGCCCGUGACAUUGUUCCUGCCGUCGGACCAGGCCAUGGCCGCACUGCCCCAGGAGCAGAAAGACUUCCUUUACAACACACAGAACCGAGGACACCUGCUGGAGUACCUCAAAUACCACAUCCUCCGAGACACCAAGGUGUAUGCAGCAGAGCUGGUUCACAUGGAUCCAAUACGGACGCUCCAGGGAUCCAAACUCAAAGCCAACUGUGGAGGGCUGGACAAGAUAGUGAGUAAAACAAAGUAGUGGUGUGUUUGUACAACACUAACAUGCAGAAUAAAAUAAAUUUUGAGGCAAGAAAGGAAGGCCAUCUUGUGGUAUUUGGAUUGACCCAAAAGCCAACAUUUUCUGAGAGAUGUACUUUUCUCCACAGGGUGAAAUCUUCCUCAACGACGGGAACUGCCGAAUCAUCCAGAGGCACCUCCCCUUCAAUGGUGGGAUAGCCUAUGGGAUCGACUGUCUGCUGAACCCACCCAGUCUCGGGGGUCGCUGUGACAAAACUGGAAACAGUCGAUUUCCCGGUGAGUGUGACCAUAUCAUACAGUAGAUAGUCUUUUUUAUUGCUAGCAUGGAAUAAGCUGAUUAGAAUUAUUAUUGUCUUCUAAUGUUUUUUCUGUGUUUCUCCUGUGUGAUAGCUACCCUGUGCAUUCUGCACAUCAUCAACACGCUGCCCCCCUGGGUCCAAAGUCAAGGUAUCUGUUCAUCCGUCCAUCCGUCGUAACUGUUAUGUGAAUAUAACACUUGCAUCUGUCCCCUACUAAAUACUGCCCCUAUAUAUGUAUUCUACAGGAGGUGAAGAAAUGUGACCUGCCCAUGAUAUUGAAUAUGAAUAAAGGCUGCCAGGCCAUAUGUACUUUGGUCCUCUGGCAACCCAAGUGCUGUCCUGGAUUCUAUGGACGUGACUGUCUGGGUAAGAACUCCCCAAAAUUGCCUCAGAUCUCCCUGAUCAUACCAAUACUGCAUCCCAAAUUGCACCUUAUUCCCUUUAUAGUGCACUACUUGUCAAACGUACUAGGGAAUAGGGUACUAUUUGGAAUGCAUCCUAAUACAUAGGACAACAAUGACAGUUGGUGGUGAAAAUCCCAUAAAGAAUGUAAUUCUCAAAGACUAGCUCCAAAAGUCUCAUGUAGUCUCAGAAAUAUGAUUGGCAUUUGUUAAAGGUGUUUGAAGUGAAAGACUACAGAUCUGAGUUGUUUUCCCAUCACGCCUUUGACUUCCUGUUUGUGUUUAUCUCAAGUUUGUCCUGGCGGGAAGUCUUCUCCCUGUUUUAACCAUGGAAAGUGUGAUGACGGUCACCUAGGCAACGGUAACUGCACAUGUGACACGGGUUUCCAGGGCGACGCCUGUGAGUUGUGUAAAGAAGGCCACUAUGGACCGGACUGCACAGGUGUGUAGCAUUCUAGUGUGGAUACCUUAAUCUCAAGAUUUGUUGUGCUACCUUGUGUGAAGAAUUUCAUCUUGAACUUGUGUGGUUUAAUUGUGUAUCAUCUUGAAUCAUUCUCCAUACUGAAUCUUGAACCAGACUUGUGAUAUGAUGUCAUUUUUUUUCCUCAGCAUGUAACUGCACAGAGCAUGGGUCAUGUGAAGAUGGCCUUAAAGGGACAGGCUCCUGUUUCUGUGAACAGGGCUGGACCGGGCAGCGCUGUGAGACACAACUAGGUAAAGAACCACAAGUUACAAAAUGUCCACCACACAAAGGAAGACCAAGAGCCAUCAUCUUGAAAUGGCAGUUUCUACUAUAUUUAAAAUAGAUUUUCUAACUGAUAUUUGUCAUUUAAACUUUGAUGUUAACUGUUCCUGUCACCCUUAUCCCCCUCUCCCUAAAGCGGAGGGUCCAGUCUGCUCCCCAACCUGCUCUCAGAACGGCAUAUGCAAAGACAACAAUACCUGCAUAUGUAGACUUUUCUACGAGGGAGACGGCAUCAGCUGCAUAGGUAAUGGCCUGAGGAGACAACCCUGGAGUACUACAACACACACACACAUUUACACACACACAUCCCACACAUGCAGACACAUACUGUGUAUACGCACAUAAAACAAUAUAUGUACAUCACUGUUGAUCACUGCUUCUCUUCUGUGUCAUGAAUUGCUCCUUUGGCUGUUCCUUCCUCCUUCUCUCCCCCACCCUCUAGUGGCCGACCUGUGUAAGUUCUGGAACGGUGGCUGUGCCAAGGGAGCUAAGUGCAGUCAGAAGGGGGAGAAGGUGAGCUGUACCUGCCCUAAGGGACACUCUGGGGACGGCUUCAUCUGUCGGCCCAUAGACCCUUGCUCCGUCGAUGACAACGGGGGUUGCCACGAGCACGCCACCUGCACCAUGACUGGGCCGGUAAGGGGUCAGCCACGGGGUGCCAUGGGUACUACAGGGGUUGCUAUGGUAACUUAUUAGAGUACUUUUACUUGAUCAAGUAAAAGUUAAAUGUUAUUGCUAUUUGUAAGUACAUGUACAUACACCAGGUCAGCUAUAUGUCUGCUUUAAAUAUGAAUUCAUCUUUGUGUGUGUGUGUGUGUGUGUGUCUACAGGGAAAGAAGAAGUGUGUGUGUAAGGAUAACUACAUAGGGGACGGUGUGACAUGUGAGGUGAAGGAGCUUCUUGUGAACCGUUGUCUCCAGGAGAACGCGCAGUGCCACUCUGACGCCCAGUGUACCGACCUUCACUACGAGGGUACGCCACACACACACAUGCACGCACACACAUGCACACACAUACAUACUGUGCACUCCUCAUAUAGGAGUUUCAUUUAAAGUCUGCAGAAGAAUACAUAGGAUUUAUAUACAGUAUUGCUCUUUUCUAAAACCCAAACGCACAUAUGUGGUGUGUGAUAUGCUGUGAUGUUUACGUUUUCUACCUUUGGUACCCCCCCACCCACCACCCCCCACCAGACAGCACAGUUGGUGUGUUCCACUUCCGGUCCACCAAGGGACAGUACAAGCUGAACUACACAUCGGCCCAGGAGGCCUGCACCGGAGAGGGGGGAACCAUCGCCACAUACACACAGCUCUCCUACGCACAGCAGGUGAGCACACACACAUUAACACACACUAGCAAAUAUACACACAAACACAUUUACACACACAUAAAGACAGACACAUACUAUUCACUGUAGAGUUGCUAGCUAACACUCUGAUGCCCCUGUCUCCAGGCCGGGCUCAACCUGUGUGCGGCUAGCUGGCUGGACCAGGCCAGAGUGGCCUACCCCACCACAUACUCCAACCCCAAGUGUGGCUUUGGUCACGUUGGCAUCGUAGACUACGGCUUACGCAGCAAUCUCAGUGAGACCUGGGACACCUUCUGCUACAGGGUCAAGGGUAAGGGGGGGGGGGGAUCAGAGGAGGGAAUGAUUGAGAGGGGAGGGAGAGAGCGAGAGAUGGCCCUCUUUAUGUGUUUCAAAUGUGUGUUUUAUAAGGUGUUUCAUAAGGUGUGUGUCUCCCAAUCCAGAGGUGAAAUGUGAAUGUAAAGCAGGUUAUAUAGGAGAUGGAUACUCCUGCACUGGAAACCUCCUGCAGGUCCUCACUGAGAAGCCUACCUUCUCCAACUUCCUCUCUGUGAGUAUCUGAAUGGUAUCAUUCUAUUCAGGUUUGUAUGUUCACUCACAAUGGUUUGUUACUGAUCCAGAGUCCUUUUUUCCUGCAGCAAAUCCUGAACUACUCCCAGAUGUCAGAGUCAGGAAAACAGUUUAUGAAGCGCCUCAGUAACCUGACCAUCCUGUCCACUCUGUUUGUACCUGAUAAUACCGGACUGUACCAGAACCAGGUACAAGAACACCCUGUCAGACACACUGACAUGCAUUAUGCACACCCGGACAUACAGUAUGCACCCUCUCACACAGCUACUCACACACAGCCCUGUACAUUACCACCAGAGAUUUGUCAGAUUUGUCCUGUUUGAAAAAUAAAAAAUGCUCAUAAUUAAAAACGUUGUUUUAGAGAAUUUGGCAGUAUGUCCAACCGGCCUCACAAACGCAGACCACAUGUAACCAGGCCAGCUCAGGACCUCCCCAUCCGGCUUCUUCACAUGCAGGAUCGUCUGAGAUCGUCUGAGACCUGUCACCCGGACAGCUGAUGAAACUGUGGGUUUGCACAACCGAAGAAUUUCUGCACAAACUGUCAGAAACCGUCUCUGAGUGCUCGUCUUGAACCGACUUCAGUGGGCAAAUGCUCACCUUUCGAUGGCCACUGGCACGCUGGAGAGGUGUGCUCUUCACGGAUGAAUCACGGUUUCAACUGUACCGGGCAGAUGGCAGACAUGGCGUCAUGUGGGCGAGCGUUUAACUGAUGUCAACAUCAUGAACAGAGUGCCCCAUGGUGGUGGUGGAGUUAUGGUAUGGGCAGGCAUAAGCUACGGACAACGAACACAGUUGCAUUUAUCGAUGGCAAUUUGAGUGCACAGAGAUACCGUGAUGAGAUCCUGAGGCCCAUUGUUGUGCCAUUCAUCCACUGCCAUCACCUCAUGUUUCAGCAUGAUCAUGCACCAUGUCGCAAGGAUCUGUACACAAUUCCUGGAAGUGGAAAAUGUCCCAGUUCUUCCAUGGCCUGCAUACUCACCAGACAUGUCACCCAUUGAGCAUGUUUGGGAUGCUCUGGAUCGACGUGUACAACAGCAUGUUCCAGUUCCCGCCAAUAUCCAGCAACUUUGAGUAGCUAGCUUGUUCAAUUAUCUUAAUUGGCAUGCCUGCUGACAAAGUUGGUGGACUUUAGAAAAAGCAAGCAAUUACUAAAUGUACUGAAUAAGACUCACAUUCCUUUCAAUCCAUUACCCAUAUUUUAGCAGAGAUGCAAAGAAGCCUAUUUAGUUUCUUUAAAAAUAUAACCACCAGUCAGGAGGAUACAGACCACAGGAGGUUGGUGGCACCUUAAUUGGGGAGGACGGGCUUGUGGUAAUGGCUGGAGCAGAAUAGGUGGAAUGCUAUCAAAUACACCAAACACAUGGUUUCCAUGUGUUUGAUGCCAUUCCAUUCGCUCUGUUCCAGCCAUUAUUAUGAGCCGUCCUUCCCUCAGCAGCCUCCACUGAUACAGACAGCUCAAGAGGUAUGCUUAGAUAUGCAGAAAAAUAAACAUAAUUUUAAUAUAGAAUUAAGCAUAAUGAUUAUGGCUCUAGAUCGUAGGAAAAAGCUGUUUCCAGGUGUUUGAUAAAUGCAAAAUUCUCCAACCACCCCCUAGCCAUCCUCACGUACUUUGUGCCCCCUCAGAUUUUUGGAGUGCAUGACUACAACUAGACAUAACCAGAGAAUAGACUUAGGGCUCAAUCCAGGAAGUUCAGCGUUACAGCUUGAUUGAAAUUUUAAGGCAAUAUUCCCACGUUAGCGGAGACUACAUUCACGGUAAACGCUGCAUAUGUCGACUCGAUCGGAAAUUACCUUUAAAUGUCUAUUGCGCAAUCUUUAACGCUUCAGCGAUACAGAUUGAAUAGAGUCCUUACUCACACGUAUAUGAACAUGUAUACAGUCUGUAUAAAUGUGUACACAUACACUCUCCUGUGUUGUGCAGACACUGACCCACAGAGACAUGGAGUACCAUCUCUCGGAGGGCCGGGCCUUGGCCCUGAAGGACCUGACCAACGGCAGCCGUAUCCGCACCCGGCUGGGCCAAAGUCUCAUUGUCCUGGGUAUCGCUGACUUCCUCAACCCCAAGGCCCUGGUGAGACAUGGAGCAACAGUACCGUACACAUCAUCCCUGUACUUACUGUACUGUGUUCAUUCACUCAGUGUACAACGCAGGUUUUCUGUUGUUUUUCAGUCCCCGUUAUAUGAACUUAUUAUAUGUUGCUCUGUUUAACCAGGUCUCCUAGAUUGGACUAAGAUGUUUGAGAAAAUUUGAAAAUUAGCUACUGAACGAGCCUCAUAUACGUAUAUGUAUUUUAUAGAACAGAGAUUACCACUGAAAAUAACGUUUGACUUUAUGAUUGUAUUCUCAGUGAGCUCAAACUUGCCCCUUCCUGAUCUCUCUCUGUAGAGUUCCUCCCGUUAUAUCAACGAUCGCUUCAUCGUUGACUCCGACAUCCUGGCAUCCAAUGGGAUCAUCCAUGUGCUGCAGGGACCCCUCAAAGCCCCAACCCCUCGGAUAGCGGUGAGAUUACAUAAUAAUAAUAAUAUGCCAUUUAGCAGACACUUUUAUCCAAAGCAACUUACAGUCAUGCGUGCAUACAUUUUUGUGUAUGGGUGGUCCCGGGGAUCGAACCCACUACCUUGGCGUGUUACAAGCGCCGUACUCUACCAGCUGAGCUACAGAGGACCACCCACAUAAUUUCCUGUUUAGUUUCUCUCCUUGAUCUCUGAUGAGAUGUGGCUAAAUUACUGGUCCUUGAUCAGAUUUAUUGAUAGUUGAUGGUUAAGAUUAGGACUGACUCAAAUUGUGAGAACUGAUCCUAAAUCAGUUGUUAAGGUCAGGUAUUGGACUCCUGUGUCUGACCUCUGACCCUAUCUGUGAUUGGUCCCCCAGCUCCACGCGAGUCACAAGGCAGGGAUGGGGAUUGGAGUUGUGCUACUGAUCAUGCUGAUGGCUGGGGCUGGGUUUGUAGGCUACCACUUCUACACCCACAAGACCAAACCAUUCCAGUUCCACUACUUUAAGGUGAGUGUGUUUGUUGCACAACAUUCAGACCAGUGGUGGUUAGUGCCGUUUAUGAGGGAGGACACAUUUUUUUUUUCAUGAGCAUGGCCUUAUUUCUAUUAUAGCAUAUUGGAUGACUGUCAUUCAUAUUCCAUUCACCCAGUUCAAUGUAACAUCGAUAGGUUUAGGCUACUACGUGAUACUCACAUUUUCCCUAUACCCAUCAUGAGGUUGUUCCAACCUAGCCUAUAAAUGAAAGUUUACAACGUAGCUGCACACAGGUCGAGAGAAAAUGUAAGUCUAUGGAAGGGGGAGAGAACCAAUAUUCUCCUAGGUUUUGUAUUGAAGUCAAUGUACCAAGAGGAGGACGGACGCCAGCUGUCCUCCGGCUACACCGUGGUGCUACCCUACAGAGUGCUGUUGAGGCUACUGUGACAUGUCCAUAUAUUUAGUAUAGUUUUAUCUAAAAAUAAUAACUUUUUAAACAUGACAAUUUUUAUGAAAUUCACUGAGGAUGGUCCUCCCCUUCCUCCUCUGAGGUCAUCCACUGAUUCAGCACAGCACAGCCACAUCAUUCAACUAUGACCUUUUGUCUCAUUGCAGGCAAUCGGCUGUUUACUGAUAUUCAGAUAUUCUGUUUAUUAAGAAGCUAAAUGUACAAUAAAACGUGGGGAACCUCGAACUUGAUAAUUGACCUUUGCCCGCUUUUGCAGGAUGAGGACGAGACGCCUCCAGACUGUAACCCUGCCAUCUUCAACCCCAGUAUCGUUAACCCCACGUACGACUCCGCCCCUGCCACAAGUGAACCAGUUUCAUCUCAGCUUCCUGUAAGUGAUCCCACCCUAUUUUCUUUGUAUACCAAGCACUGGAGAAAAAAAUAUGUGCAUGAAUAUGAAUGCCAUUGAACUGUGUGUGGUACAAAGUGAAAAGUAGCCACUUUACUCUAGGGAUGAUACCAUAACUCCAGAUGACAUAUGAAUGUGUGUUAACAGGAGGAGGAGGACAAGCACCAGGUGGUAGAGGGUGGCCCGUAUGACCUGCUCCAGGACUGCUGAGAGAGACGUCACAGUCCUCACUCUCCUCUGUCCUCUGGUAAAGCUGGGAGGAGUGCUGCUGCAUGUUGUACACAUGUUGACCAGUGGAGGGCAGCACUGUGGGACUAUUAAACGCUCAAUUCAAUCCAUAUCGCUGAAGUUCAGCACUAUUGAAAUGUAAAGGUAAUUUC